AGAUCUGUAAACACCACACUCAUUUAACUGACCAGCUGAUUAAGAAAACUUGUCACCAGGUCUGUGUGGAGUUACAGAGCUGUUCCACACUGAUGUUCUGCCUGUCGUCUCGUCUGUUUAUAUGAAAGUUUGAAGUCUUCUUCCUCCUCUGGAUUCAUCCUCAGCGGCUUUCUUUGCAAAGCGACCGGAUAAACAGCUGAGGAGAGAUGGGACCUCGAACAGCAGUGGCUCCUUCUAAGGAGGUGAAGGCACUUGCAGGAGGACCUGGACAUCCAGCAGCUCGUCUGAGGAGCAGCAGUGACGGCAGCAGAUACAGCAGGAGAGGAGCUGGCCUACCAAACAGCUCCUCCUCCUCCUCCUCCUCCUCCUCCUCCUUUUCUCCAGUGCUCUUCAACCCCAAAUCAGUCUUGAAGAGACCAGUGAGCACAGAAGAGCUGCAGAGACCGGGAGGACCGUACAUCAAGAAGACGUUUACAAUAGUGGGUGACGCCGUGGGCUGGGGGUUUGUGGUGAGAGGGAACCAGCCGUGUCACAUCCAGGCUGUGGAGCCCUGUGGCCCAGCUGCUGCUGCCGGGAUGAAGGUUUGUCAGUUUGUGGUUUCGGUCAAUGGGCUCAAUGUUCUUAAUCUGGACUACCGGACUGUCAGCCACCUUAUCCUAACAGGACCCAGAACUGUGGUGAUGGAGGUGAUGGAGGAGACCGAGCACUGAGCAAUGAAGGAAACAGUGAUGGAUGCACAGUACAGUAGAGAGUGAGAAUGCCAUCUUCAGCGUAUGAAACGGUUAUAUGUGUGAACAGUCAGAGGUUUUCUUUAACGGACUGUGGGAACACAAUAAUGAAACAGGAGAUCACCUUGUUAGGAAUUACAUGGGAAACAUUCUGUUAGUUAUUGUUGAGCUCAUAGAGAGCAAAACAACACUUGAAUGAACAGCAGCCACAUCCUCUGAAGAACAAGCUUGUUAAGUUUUGAAAAGCGUAAAGUCGCCACCCAAAAAAUCGGUUUGAAUCCAACACUGUGGCGUCAGCCAUGACUUUCAAAAAAGGAUUCAGAGAGGAGAAUUUGUCAGUAGUCAAACAAUUAUAUUUUUGUUUGCGUACACAAAAUAGACCAAAUAUUUAUGAGUAGCUUGAGGCUCUCUUCUCGACACAGUGUGGCCUUUUGGGUCGCGAACACAUAGUUGUAUCAUAGGAGUGGUGUUCUACUUUGUGCUUGUCUCUGCAGCCAACAGCAGAUCAUUCCCCAUGCUUAGCUUUGAAAUAAUGUAGAGGUCCAAAUGGUGCACCUUUGCAAAGGUGCAAAGUUCUGAAGCCGUGGGUAGAGCUAGUCAGAUGGGGGCAGUACAGAGCCUGCAAUUAAAAAGUGAAAGCACUUGUUGAAUUCCAUUUUUCUGUCUUACACAACCCACAAAAACUGACUGGUUGUCUCUGCAUUGUCUGUGGGUUGGGUCUCUAGCUCAACCAAUGGCAAAGACAGAAAAAUAAUAUCUUGAUAUGACUGGUCAGUUAUAAAAUAUCUUGUUCUAUAAUGGUUCCAAUUGUGAUAAGUCAAAGAGGUGUUUUUGCAUGUGUAUUAAUGGUCAGAAAAUAUUCUUUAGUUUCACAAAAAAGAUGCUGAAAUGUUGUUCAAGUAGAUGCUGUGAAUAAUGAAACCUCCAGUUUCUCUCUUAUAUGUUUGUAGGGCUGUUUGUCUGUUGGACAGGUAUAUCACUGUCAGCAUCUCGUCUCACCUGAGCUCAGUGCAAAGACUUCAGUCUCACUUGUGACUUGCAAAAUAACGACUUGGAUUCACCUGUGCAGCCAAAUUCAUACUUUUUGAUUCAGAGAUGACCUGUGGACGGAUCAGUGAUAUUUUCUGUCUUUCUGUUAAUGAAGUUUGAGUUUGAGUUAAUAAAGAGUUAAUGUCCAUCAGGCACCAAAUGUUUCUUUAAAUGAUCACAGACAGGAGAAAAUGUACAUAUAUAUUUAAAAUUAUAAUUGUGCUGUUGACGUCACUCCAACAGUUGGUGUUUCCUUCAAUGGGGUGGUUUGGACUUUUAACCCUAGCUCGCUGAAUCCUACACACAAAAACACAUUAACGGCAUGUAUCAUGGCAGCAUUUACACACUCCUGCACACACACACACACACACACACACACACACACACACACACGCACACACACACACACACACACACACACACACCAGGAAACACGUGCAACCCCCCCACCACCCCCUGCCUCGGCUGUGUUUACUUUUCCAUCCACUCCCUGCAACGUCUGAUUCUCAGAAAGGAAGUGAGAAAGGUGAAGAUGGUGUGACUUGAAGUGAAGUGCUUUGUUUUGAAGUCUCCCUUAUUGCUUUAUCUUUUUAUACUUUUGUACUGUGUCUGUUUUUACUGUGUGCCUCAUCGUGUGCAGUCCACUCUAAUAAUAGUGAAAUAUCUGUCAGCACUUUUCUCUCUGCAGGGUGAUUCUGGAGACUCAGUGAGUCUCUCGGCUCCUCUUGCAUCUUUAAUGGUGGUUUUCAUGGAGGCAGUUAGUAGAAUUAUGGUUGGAUAUUGUUUUAAAAUACCAGGUAAGGUGGGUUUUAUUAAGAAUUUAAACAUCCUUAUUUAAAAUAGGUCUCACUUGUGCAAUACAGAAUUACAAGCAGAUAAUAUUUCCCUUAGAUGCUUAGCAAUAAAAAUUACCCUUUGUAUUAUCUUUGAAUCGCUUGCUUCACAUCACUUCUUUCUUUGUUUUAUUUCUU